AUGCUAGGGAUCUUCAUCCAAGUCCGCCGAAACGCAGCUCGUACUUCGGCCUCCACUGUCCUAAAAGAAACCAAGCAUCAGUCAGACACAGAACUGCUUCAGAAGCUCGAGUCUCUCUGUCCUACCAAACCGUAUGACGAAUGGGUAGAACACACUCAGGAGGAACAAGACUUGUCUGAUCGGUCUUCGACGCGCCUCACAUGUUCCAUGUGCCUGGAAGACGUAAACGGAACAGAUCUAAUGCACGUGUUGUCCUGUCGCCAUGUAUAUCACGCACACUGCCUGGAGCAGUGGUUCCUUGGGCGUCACUUUUUGUGUCCUCUAUGUAACCGAGCCUUCUUCGAACAGAAUGAGCCAGGCGAAAAUAACGUCUAG